AUGCAUGGAGACGGAAGGGAUUAUCCUACACUUUGCGCUUAUAGUUGCGUUAUCCCUUACGAUCAAUAUGCAUACUUUGCCAAAGAAUUAAGUGCGCAAAGAAUAAAUCAGUCUGAUAAUGGUGAUAAUAGCGAUGAAACAGAGUUUGAUAAUCAAACAAUAUUCGAUUAUCCUCUUUCAAAACUGUAUGGCAAUGAACUUUUUAUGGGUUCAAAUUUGUUUGGUGUUCAAAAAUCGGAUACGCUUUACAAGAAUCAUUCAAAAAUCACCCACGUAGGUUCAAUCGUACUGUGGUAUUCGUUUAAUGUGGAUACACGAAAAAGGAAGGAACUUCUAAGGAAAGUCACCGUACAGUUAUUUGAAUUAAGUAAAAUUGAUGAUACGACGACGUUUAUUAAAUUCAAUAUUUUUGGUGACGAGAUUGCGAAUAGUGAGAUGAUUCGAGGAGCAUAUGAGGCCACAAAAUUAAUGAUAAUUGGCUUUUUUUUAUUGCUUGGUUUUGUUUUCUUCGUCGUAUGGCACAAACUUCGUGCUAAGAAAGUACCAGUUGUUGUCCUUGCUGCUGUUUUAUCACCAUUCCUAGCUGCCACCGUAUCUUUUGCUAUUAUUGCAUGGAUUCAGUUUCCGUUUUAUUCCAUCAUGUGUGUCACACCAUUCCUUAUAUUAGGAAUAGGGGUGGACGAUGCUUUUAUAAUGUUACAAUCGUGGUGUCUCUACAACACUGUUCCGUCGAAAAAAGAUCGGCUUACUCGAGUUUUCAUCGAAAUUGGUCCAUCAAUAAGUAUAACAUCGAUAACUAAUAUGGUUGCAUUCGGAAUUGGAUAUUUGACUCCGACACCUCAGAUGAGUUUAUUCUGCUUGAGUACAUCAAUAGCUUGCUUUGUUGAUUAUAUUUUAACUUUUACCUUAUUCGCACCAGUUUUGUAUAUAAAUUCUGGUGACGAGCAAUGCUAUAUUCCUGCAAAAAAGUCCAUCGAUCAGAUGAAUGAUGAUUUUAUUCAUUGGUAUAGUAAAUUUAUUUGCUCAUGGAAAGGAAAAAUUUUAGCGCUAUUAUUUUUAAUAUUACUUUAUUCAUUAUCCAUAUUUGGUGUAAUGACGAUGAAGUCGACCUUUGAACCAGCAAAAGCAUUUCCAUCCGAUUCACCGCUCGCAAGUUCCUUAAAUGGAGUCAAGUUAGCAUUUAGUGAAUUCAGCCCUUUACAAAUAAUUGUGAAUAAAGCGCCUAACAUAUCGGAUCAACAAGAAUAUAGUGCUUUCUAUGAAAUGGUAACAUCGCUAGAAUCCGUGCCAAACAGUUACGGUCGUCAAUGGACUCUUCUUUUUCUAAAAGCAUAUGAAAUGUUCGAUCAAAAAAUAUUCUCAUUUUUGCAUGCCUUUGGAUUUUCAGGACAAAAUCAUUACAUCCCUUCAUAUGAUAAUCUUGGAUACUUUUUAAGACAAAUCCGAAAUCCACCAAUGAUCAAAACCAAACAAAAUGAAAACGGCAUCGAAGUUCUCUCGUCGUUUAUAAUGACCAUAGUUGCACAUAACCUUACUGAAUGGGCGAAUCGAGCGAUUUAUGUUGAUCAAUGCCGCUCAAUUGUUAACAAUUAUCCGCAAUUCAACUCAAGUAUACGCGAUGGCGAUGCAGCUAUUCUGGAUUUGAUUUUAACAGUUAAGAUGGAUCUAGUUGGAUCAAUUGCAGUGACCGUAUUUUGUAUGGCUAUUGUUUGCAUAUUUUUCAUCGUUGACAAGAUUGGAGUCUUUGUCGUAACAUUGAUUAUUUCAUCUAUUUGUUUCACAUUGGUUGGAUCGUUAUCAUGGUGGGGAGCUGAUAUGGAUCCUGUUACUAUGGUCGAUGUACUGAUUGCGACAGGAUUUAGCGUCGACUAUACAGCGCACAUCGCUUUCAAGUUCUAUAAAGUUGAAGGUUCGAAUCAUCAACGUAUUAAACAAGCUCUACAAGAAAUGAGCGGGCCAAUGCUACAGGCGGGUAUAUCCACAGUUCUAUGUAUGCUUCCACUGAUAUUCGUCCCAACCUAUGCCAUCCUUGCAUUUGCAAAAACUGUAUUCCUGGUUGUUGCUCUUGGUCUCAUUCACGGAAUAUUUAUAUUACCGGUGCUUUUAACCACAUUAUCUUAUCGGCGCCAGCUAUGA